CCAAAGUGGAAAAUCUUGGUGUUGGAUGUCGAAUAUUUUCCGCAAACAUCAAUGAAUUGAAGUGUGUCCCGAUUGGGAAACUACCAGGAACAAGACCGGUACAAAUACACAGAAUCCUCUAACUUACUCAUCAUUUCAUGCAAGAUUGUUACCUUUUCCAACUAGUCUUGCUGAGACCGAUUUCCACUGCUAGAAUCUUCUUCUUGCACCCGUCUUCGUCCUGGAAUGAGCAACCAUCAAGUCGUCUACUAGGUGCUUGAAAUGUGAUAGCUGGACCUUUUAUGUAGAGCUUCUUUCAACUGUGUGGACUAUGGCUGAUUGGUGAAUAUGGUGAUGGACGUAGCGAUCAAUUCGGCUGGUCCAUUAGUGGACGUCGCCUCUCAGAUUAUUGAGGCUAUAAUUGAGAUUGUGGUUGCAUCUGAAAAUGUCCUUGUUGGCAAAAGAAGUUUUACCAAACUCUCGUCUUACUUGAAUGGGCUUGUUCCACUCUUGAAAGAGUUGAACAGGGGACACAUUGCUUCCUCCGAAGGCAUAGAGAACUUCAUUGAGAUUCUCAACCAUCAGGUGAGGGAUGGGAGCAAACUGAUCAGGGAGUGUACUGAAAGAAACCGAUUUUACCUCUUGGUGAAUUCACGCUCAAUUGCUAAGCAGAUUGAAGCAAUCACUAAAGAGAUUGUCUGUGCAAUCAAUUGCAUCCCUUUUGCAUCUUUAAAUAUGUCAUUACAGAUGAGGGAUGACUUUGAGCAGCUCAUUACCAACAUGCAGAAUGCUGAGUUCAGAGCUGCAAUGGCCGAGGAAGAUGUUCUGGAGAAGAUAGAGUCUGGCAUACAGGAGAGGAAUGUUGAUCGAAGCUAUGCCAAUGAUUUGUUGGUCUCAAUUGCAAAGGCUGUUGGGGUUUCAACCGAUCGUUCGGCAUUGAAAAAGGAAUUUGAUGAUUUCAAGAGUGAAAUAGACAAUCUAAGCUCGAUGAAAGACAAGGCUGAAGCAAUACAGAUGGAUCAAAUAAUUGCUUUGUUAGAGAGGGCGGAUGUAGCAUCAUCGCUUGAUGAUAAAGAAAAGAAAUACCUAAACAAGAGAAAAUCUUUAGGGGUGCAGCCAUUAGAGCCUCUCAUGUCAUUUAUUUGCCCAAUUACAACUGAGGUUAUGGUUGAUCCAGUGGAGACUCCUUCUGGGCAUACUUUUGAGAGGAGUGCCAUUGAGAGGUGGUUGUCUGAGGCGGAUGAGCCAUCAUGUCCCAUUACUUCAAAUCCAUUAGAAAUAUCAAUGCUUAGGCCUAAUAAAACCCUGAGGCAGUCUAUUGAAGAAUGGAGGGAUCGAAAUAACAUGAUCAUGGUGGCUUCCCUCAAGUCCCGGCUUUCCUCAGAAAAUGAGCAAGAACUGAUUGAUUGUCUCGGACAGGUCAAGGAUCUCUGUGAACAGAGAGAAAUCCACAAAGAAUGGUUGAUCUUGGAGAAUUACAUACCAACUCUUGUUAAGCUGCUUAGUGUAAAAAAUCGGGAAAUCAGGAAUAAAGCUCUUUGUAUCCUUUGCCUGCUGGUGAAGGACAAUGACGACGCUAAGGAAAGGAUUGCCACAGUUGAGAGUUCUAUUGAACAUAUUGUUCAGUUUCUUGGGCGACGUAUUGGGGAAAGAAAAUCAGCUGUCACAUUAUUGCUGGAAUUAUCGAAAUGUGAAGCAAUUCGUGAUAGCAUCGGGAAGGUCCAGGGUUGCAUACUUCUUCUGGUAACAAUGUUGAGCAAUACUGACCUUCAAGCCGCCAGAGAUGCGAGGAGUGUUUUGGACAACCUUUCGUACUCUGAUGACAAUGUUAUCCUCAUGGCGAAGAAUAACUAUUUUACAUAUCUUUUGGAACGUCUUUCUUCAGGUUCUGAUCAGGUUAAGAUGAGAAUGGCAAAAACAUUGGGGGAGAUGGAAUUGACUGAUCACAAAAAAGCAUCCCUCGUUGAAUGCGGUGUUCUGGAUUUGCUACUUGGCUUAGUUCCCCACGAUGAUGUUGAAAUGAAGAUAGUAGCAGUUCAAGCCCUCCUCAAUAUUUCAAGCUUACAGAAAAAUGGGCAGGAGAUAAUAAAGAAAGGUGCAGUGCGUCCGUUCCUGGACAUCCUCUACCGCCAAACAUCAUUGCAGAGGUUGCGUGAGCUAGUCGCAGCUACUAUUGUCAAUCUUGCUCAGUCAACCAUAACUAAAGAAGAUUCUGAUUCAGAGCCAGUUUUGAUGUUGGAAACUGGUGAUGAUAUUUCCGAACUCUUUUCCUUCAGUACUAUGACAGUCCCUGCUCUGCAGCAAGAGAUUUUCCGGGCAUUUCAUGCAAUGUGUCGAUCUCCAUCUGCUGAUGCUGUCAAGUCAAAACUGAGAGAGUGCUCAGCUGUGCAAACCUUGUUUCGACUAUGUGAGGUUGAUGAUGCCAUAUCAUUACGUGCAAAUGCUGUGAAGCUGUUGGACUGCUUGAUCGAAGAUGCUGAAGGAGACGAAAUUUUGGAGCAUGUGACACAAAAUUCAAUCGAAUCACUGCUCAAGAUUCUCAAUACUUCAAACAACCAGGACGAGACUGCCUCUGCACUGGGCACAAUUGCUAGCCUCCCAGAGUCCAUUCAAAUCUCCGAGUGGCUGCAGGAAUCACGCAAUCUCCAAAGAAUAUUUGGUUUUCUUUCCGAUGAUAGAAACAGUGCACACCAAAAACCUCAGCUUUUAGAGAACGCAGUGGGAGCUAUAUGCCGUUUAACCACUCCAACAAGUCUGGAGUUACAAAAGAAAGUAGCAGAAGCAGGAGUCAUCCCCUUGUUGGUACGGUUGCUGGAGGUGGGAACCAGCUUGACAGUAAAACGAGCAGCCACUUCUCUCGGUCAUCUCUCACAGAGCUCACGUAGGCUAACCAGACAGAUCUCAAGGCGCUCAAGCCUUUGGUGCUUCUCUGCAUUGCCAGAGGCAGCUUGCCCCGUCCACCAUGGGCUUUGUACGAUGGAGUCUUCAUUUUGCCUAGUAGAAGCUAGCGCAGUCGAGCCACUGAGCCGUGCUCUCAGAAGUGAAGAUGCUGGAGUCUGUGAGGCUGCUCUAGACGCCCUCCUAACGCUAAUCGACAAUGAAUUGCUGCAAAGUGGUUGCAAGGUGCUAGACGAGGCCAACGCCAUUCCUGCUAUGAUCAAACUGAUCAGCAGCCCUUGUGCUAGCCUGCAGGAGAAAGUGAUGAAUUGUUUGGAGAGGAUUUUUCGAUUAGUUGAAUAUAAGCAGAAAUACGGAGAUGCAGCUCAUAUGCCAUUGGUGGAUUUGACUCAAAGGGGAAGCAGGCUGAGAUCUUUAGCAGCAAGAAUACUUGCUCAGUUGAAUGUGCUCCAUGAUCAGUCUUCUUACUUCUGAAUAGUAAGUAAGCAUUCUUUUUUUUAUGUGAGUUUAGAUGGUAAUCACUUUUCUAAGUGGGAUUAUGUUACUCAAGGCCACUGCUGUUUAUCUCAAAAAGAAAAUCACUGCUGAUUGGCCAUUGGUGAGGACAGAUCUUUCUUGUUUGUAUACUAAAAUUCUUUUGUAAUGUGUAGUUGAUAAGAUCAAUAUUGUAUAUGUAAAUUUUGUUAGUUGGAAUAAAAUUUUAUAUAUCUCACGUUAUUGACAA